UCAUCUCAAAAAAAAUUGGGUUUACCAAACAUAUUUCCUGAAUCUAUCACAUCACCACCAAUUCAAUUAAAUAACAUUAAUGAAAAUCAAACUAUUAGGGAAACCUCAAUACAGGAUGCUAUCCAAGAAGAGAAUGAAAAUUUUACUAUUUCAGACUUAGAAAACAAGAAAAACAAUUAUUUUCAAUUCCUUGAAAGUCAAAAGCUGGCUAAUGAAAAUAAUUUUUAUUCUAAUUCAGAUCAAGAAUCUGAAAACUUAUCAGAAAAUCAACAUGAAUCUUCUUAUGAAGCUUUAUUAAGUCAGGAAACUUUUUCACAAGAUGAAGAAACAACUCCAAUUUUAGUAAAAAUAUUAGAAAUAUGUCAAGAAACACAAAAAGAUAUAAAGAAUUUAAAACAAAAAAUUGACUUUUUAGAAAAUCUUGUAAAAAAACAAAGAGAAGAAAUUCAAAAACUUGAUGCUGGAAAAUCAUUUAAAGGUUCUGGAAAUCAUAAAAAUGAUAUUGACUGGAUUGAGCCAUAUUGGAAAUACAUGAUUGCUGAUUUGUUUCCAGAAAAUAAAUACCCAUCAGAAGAAGCAUUUUGUGAAACUGCACAUCAAGUAUUGACUCAAAGACAACCAGAAUGCAUGCAACUAAUGAUAAAAUCUGGUCAAUGGGAUGCAUUUUUUUGUUCUGCUAUUAGUUCAACACUAAAAGAAAAAAUGUCAAAAUAUAGGGGUGAUCAAGUUAAGAAAAUCAAAACUGUUCUAUUUGAUUGUUUUCUGAACAAGAUUCCCAAACUCAAUUCAAAGACUGAUCCUAAUAUCAUAAGUGAAUUCAAGAAGUCGGAUAAUGCAAAAUGGUGUCUACAUCAUCUGAAUUCUAGGAUAUCUGCUGCAAGUCCAACAAAAUACAUUGAUUGUAUUACAGCAUCAUUUACAAAAGAUCAAGUGGCAACAGAUAAUGAUCAGCUAUUUUCAAUUGCUGUGUGCCAUUUUAUGCUUGAAGAAACAAUUGUGGGUGUAACUUUGGAUCCUGAAAAAAUGGAUUCUUUAAUGAAAAAAAUGAAG